AGACUUCUGGUCCGUGCAGGCUUCCGUAGUCCUCAUAGUGGAAGAAUGGCUGGCUGGAUGUGGCUCCGCUGUAUUUUAGGGCCUCAUUUGCAACGAAUUCACCGUUCAACAGACCCGUCUAGACCUGAAGGCAGGGCCGGAAGGAGGCAGGGAUGGAACUACCAACCCAGGAGUCUGGAGAAACACUCUGACAGCGUCCUCGGUUGGGCUUCAGCGCUGUGGUCUCUGUCCUACUACAGCUCUCCUCUUCUCCUCUGCUAUCUGUACAGGAAAGGUUACAUCUGCAGCAGCAAGCUGGUUCCAGUGAGUCAGUAUUUGGGAACAGUGCUGGUGUGUCUCCUCGGAUUGGCCUGUCUUAGAGGGUGGGGGAGAUGGAAAAGCUCUGAGUAUCUUCAGUUUAUCUCUAUUCUUGAAGAAACCAAGAUUAGUCACACACCAACAAACAAGAAAAAACUGAGGUGCUACGACUUUGACUUCUCGUACUGGCCUUCGGAUUUCAGCUGGACAGAAGUCAGCAACCCAAAACUCUCCAAGGCUGGUGUUUCUCUGCUAAAGCCAGAGCCCAGAUUAAGAGGAACAGCAGACAGUGUCCUCAACUCUGUGCGCACUCUCCCGUGUCACAUCAUCAGUUUUCUCAUCGUCCACUCAUUUGGGAGGAGGAUGCUGUACCCUGGCUCUGUAGGUUUACUGCAGAAAGCCAUGAGGCCCAUGCUUCUGCAAGGCCAGGCUAGGUUAAUAGAAGAGUUUGACGGCCAGCGGAACAAGCUGGUGGCCUGCGAUGGCAAUGAGAUCGACACAAUGUUUGUGGACCGGAGGAGAGGGGGGGGGCAGACUGGUCAGACGCUGGUCAUCUGCUGUGAGGGGAACGCAGGCUUCUAUGAGGUUGGCUGCAUGAACACUCCCCUGGAGGGUGGCUACUCUGUACUGGGCUGGAACCACCCUGGCUUUGGAGGCAGCACGGGAGUGCCGUUCCCCCAGAACGAGGCGAACGCCAUGGAUGUCGUGAUCCAGUAUGCGAUACACAAACUGGGCUUCCAGUUCACUGACAUUGUGGUCUAUGCCUGGUCCAUAGGAGGGUUCACAGCCAGUUGGGCAGUGAUGUCAUACCCAGAGAUCCAAUCAAUAGUGUUGGAUGCCUCCUUCGAUGACCUCCUGCCUCUGGCCCUCAAAGUCAUGCCCAACAGCUGGAGACCUUUGGUGCAACACACCGUCAGGCAGUACAUAAACCUCAACAACGCCGAGCAGCUUCUCAAAUAUCAGGGACCAGUCCUGCUGAUCAGGAGAACCAGAGAUGAGAUCAUCACCACAACGGGGCCAGAGGACGUCAUGUCUAACAGAGGCAACAACCUCCUGCUCAAACUGCUACAGUUCAGGUAUCCAAAAAUAAUGACAGAUGAAGGAGUUCGAGUUGUCAGAGAAUGGCUGGGAUCCUCUAACCCCUUAGAAGAAGCAGCUGUGUACAGUGGCUAUGAGGUGGACGAUGACUGGUGUGUGUCUGUGCUGCAGUCGUAUCAGGCAGAAAGAGAUGUCUUGUUUCCAUGGAGUGUUGGUGAGGAUAUGACUCUGGAGGGACGGCGUCAACUGGCUCUUUUCUUGGCGCGGAAGUACAUGCGAAACUUUGAAACAACACACUGCACUCCUCUCCCCGCCUCCGAGUUCCACUCACCCUGGAGACUGUGAGGACGGACGGACGAGAUGAGACGAGACGGAGGAUUUGGAUGGCCUGUGGUCAAGAGCGCGUUCCUGGCAUGGUGUGAAUGUAUUACUGUGAUUUUGUUGCGAGGCAGUUCUGUUGCCAUGUAUAGUGUUGCUGUGGUGGCAUCUGGAAAGAUCUGGUUUACUACCACCAGCCCCCCCCCGCCCCCGCUCCUCCAGCCACAAACCUGUUGAAUAACGGUCUUUUCUUUUGAGGUUAGUUUUUAUUCAGACUUUCUCCGUGUUUGUCUCUUAAAAAAAAAAAAGGCAUUUUCUGUAAAUGCACAAUCCAUCUCUCUCCUUCCCUCUUUGGCUGUAUUUGCAAAGAAGCAAUUAUAAGUAGAAAUGCAUUGCUACAAUAUAAAAUAAUCUUAAAAGUAGAAGAUUUAAUCUUUUUAUAAAUGCAGCCAAACGUGUAAAAGCUUUUCAGGUUUCUUUCUGUGGACACUAUCUUCAUGAACAAAGCUGUACCCUAAAAUGACGCUCUUACAUGUUCUAUUAAAUAUGCUGAAUAAAAUGUUUGACAUAA